AUUCCCUCCCCCAUUUCAAGAGCAUCUUUCUUCUCUACAAUGACUGACUACUGCCCCGUCUACGCACCUUUCUUCGGCUCCAUGGGAUGCACUGCCGCAAUUGUCUUUAGCUGUCUUGGUGCUGCUUACGGAACUGCCAAGUCUGGUGUUGGACUUUCUGCUAUGGGUGUCCUCCGCCCUGACUUGGUUCUCAAGUGUAUUGUCCCAGUUGUCAUGGCUGGUAUCUUGGGUAUCUACGGUGUCGUCGUUGCUGUCUUGCUCUCGGGUGGUUUGGCCAUGAAGCAGACACUCUUUAGCGGUUUCAUUCAGUUUGGUGCUGGUUUAUCCGUCGGUUUGUCUUGUUUGGCUGCUGGUAUUGCUAUUGGUAUUACCGGUGAUGCUGGUGUACGUGCCACUGCUCAACAGCCCAGAAUGUUCGUCGGCAUGAUUUUGAUUCUCAUUUUCGCUGAAGUCUUGGGUCUUUACGGUCUUAUUGUUGCUUUGAUUUUGAACACCAAGGCUGCUGGUGGUGAGAGUGUUUGCCUGUAGAUUUUAAUGCAUAUAUAAAAAUCUCUUUAAAGUCAAUGAUGACAAUAUCCCCCGUUCUUUAUAUCAACAAAAUAAAAAGUGCGUUGCUGUGUUUAUCAUAGUAUAAAAGACAUU